UGUACGUCUUUUUUUCUGAUUUUCGGCUAUAAAGUUGAAAUAAAUAGAAUUUGGCGAAUACUUUAAUUUAUUUCACAUUUUUAACAUCAACCAUUACAAGUUUUUUUUUUAUAACCUAAAUAGAAUACUAUUCGUCUUUCAUUAUGUGAAAGCAUUCACACAUUUUUUUAUACCCAGGCAACAAAAAGCGCACUAUAUCACAGUAGUACCUGCGUAAUCAAGAAAUUUACAUAACCAGGCAUUACGUGCCCCGAUGUUACGCCAGGUCCUUUUGGUACCGGAGGCACGUCAAAGCAUUUUUUUAGUUCUUCUUUUUUUGUAAAGAAAAACAUACAUAAUAAUUGAUAAAUCAGGUAUUUGUUUUGAAUAUAAUCAUAACUUGAAGUGCCUAAGUGCGGUGUGGACGCAUCGACUGGUAUACACACACACACACCGGUCAAGAUGGCUCCUCACAUAGAAACCGAGACGACGCCAGACGAACCACAAUACGACAGACUAAAACCUUUCUCAGCAGACAACUAUAGGUUCAAGAUUAACACAUUUGAGGCUCCGUGGUUGAUAAUCUACAGCAUCGGUAGCUUCUACGGCGGCUACCUUCUUUUUACACAAGGGAAACUUGUCACUAUUAUUUUCUCAUUUUUCAUGGUGAAUCCGUCCAUGCUGGGCAUAACAGCUGGAAUACACAGGUUGUGGUCACACAGGUCGUUUAAGGCUAAGCCUCCACUGGAAUUAUUUCUACUAUUCCUCUACAUAUUGACCCAUCAAAGAUCACCAAUCACAUGGGUCAGGCGACACAGACUUCACCACUCGCAUUCCGAUACUGAUGCUGACCCACACAACGCGUCUAGAGGAUUCUUCUUCUCCCAUUUCGGCUUCUUACUUGUGUUGCCACAUCCAGAGUGUGAGAAAAGACUGAAGAUGAUCGACGUGUCUGAUAUGUGGAAUAACCCGUACACCAAAUUCACACACGACCAUUACCCCAUACUCUGCGCAAUCAUAGCGUACGCCAUCCCCACUUACAUCCCAACGCUGUGGGGGGAAACACUGCACAUGGCAUUUUGGGCAAACAUCUUCCGCAUAUACAUGGUAUUAAACCUCUCAUGCUCGAUCAACAGCAUCAGCCACUUGGUCGGCUACAAGCCGAUCGACGUCACGGCCGCCGGCACGCAAUGCCAUUUAAUUGGUAUAGCCAAUUUAGGCGAAGGAUACCACAACUACCACCACAGUUUCCCCCUCGACUACCGGACAUCGGAACUGGGAGACACAAAGUACAAUCAAACAACAUUAUUCAUAGAUUUUAUGGCCAAAUUGGGCUUGGCGUACGAUAUGAAAACUACUUCGGAAGACGUGGUGAGAGCCAGGGUGUUGAAGAAGGGCGACGGCACGGAUCAAUACUAUAUUCCUAACAAUGAAAAGAAACAGAAGAUUUUUUGUACAACGAUUUUCAAGAACGCGGUAAAUUCUCAUAAAAGUUGUUAAAAUUUUGGGCGACGCCCACGUAUUCACAUGAUGAUAUUAUUUAGGAAUAAAGAUUUGGAAAUUAUUUUAUUAUCACAAAAAGACUAUAAUGACCUUUUGAGAAAUUAAAGAAAUUCUAGAAGG